AGUCGUGUGAUCGCACCCUAAAAAGAACAAUUCUGCUAAAUUGCCCAACCUUGUUUAAAAAGAGAUAGCAAAAUGGCUGAAUUUUAAAGCAGGUUGUACAAGAUUACAAAUAUGGCUUUUCGUAAAGUGAAGGGAAAUUUUGAACGAAUGUUCGAUAAAAAUCUGACAGAUCUCGUAAGAGGGAUAAGAAACAAUAAAGAAAAUGAGGCAAAAUAUAUUGCACAGUGUAUGGAAGAGAUUAAACAGGAAUUACGGCAAGAUAAUAUUGCUGUCAAGGCGAAUGCUAUAGCAAAAUUAACUUACCUACAAAUGUUGGGAUAUGAUAUCAGUUGGGCAGGUUUCAAUAUUAUUGAAGUGAUGUCAUCUCCAAAAUUCACUUACAAACGAAUAGGAUACUUAGCUGCCAGUCAGAGCUUCCACACAGAAACUGAAUUAUUGAUGUUGACCACAAAUAUGAUUCGAAAGGACUUGAACAGUCAAACUCAAUAUGAUGCAGGUCUAGCAUUAAGUGGUCUUUCUUGUUUCAUUAGUCAUGAUCUUGCAAGAGAUUUAGUUAAUGACAUAAUGACUUUGUUAACUUCAACUAAACCCUAUCUUCGAAAGAAGGCAGUGUUAAUGAUGUACAAAGUGUUUUUACGUUUUCCCGAGGCUCUAAGGCCAGCUUUUCCUAGACUGAAAGAGAGACUCGAAGAUCCAGAUAGCGGUGUACAAUCAGCUGCUGUCAAUGUUGUCUGUGAACUGGCUAGAAAAAAUCCAAAAAAUUAUUUGAGUCUUGCUCCUGUAUUUUUCAAGCUCAUGACCACUUCUACAAACAACUGGAUGCUUAUUAAAAUCAUUAAACUUUUUGGCGCAUUGACACCCCUAGAACCUAGGCUUGGCAAAAAGCUAAUAGAACCUUUAACGAAUUUAAUACACAGUACAUCUGCAAUGUCCCUACUUUACGAGUGUAUCAACACUGUUAUAGCUGUGUUGAUAUCAAUCUCGUCUGGUAUGCCAAAUCAUUCUGACUCCAUUCAACUGUGCGUACAAAAACUAAGAAUUCUCAUUGAAGAUUCAGAUCAAAAUUUGAAAUACUUGGGAUUGCUGGCAAUGUCAAAAAUUUUAAAGACUCAUCCAAAAAGUGUUCAAGCUCAUAAAGACCUAAUUAUGCAGUGCCUCGAUGACAAAGAUGAAAGUAUAAGAUUGCGUGCCUUGGACUUAUUGUAUGGAAUGGUGUCCAAGAAGAAUCUAAUGGAAAUUGUUAGGAAACUUAUGGUCCAUAUGGAUAAAGCUGAAGGCACAAUUUAUCGGGAUGAAUUGCUCUCGAAAAUUAUACAAAUUUGCUCUCAGAAUAAUUAUCAAUUUAUAACGUAUUUUGAAUGGUAUAUAUCAGUCUUAGUGGAUUUGACACGAAUGGAGGGAACAAAACACGGACAAUUAAUAGCAACUCAAUUAUUGGAUGUUGCAAUACGUGUUCAAGCAAUUCGAAAAUAUGCUGUUCAACAGUGUGCCUUAUUAUUGGAGAACGCUUGCUUUUUUGCUGGACAGCCUAGGGCAACUAUGUCUGAAGUUUUAUACGCUGCAGCGUGGAUCUGUGGAGAAUUUUCAAAAGAACUGGAUGAUCCCUUGGGAACUUUGCAAUCAAUGAUUCGAUCUCAAGCGUCAUCAUUACCUGGACAUAUUCAAGCAGUGUAUGUCCAUAAUAUUGUUAAACUUUCUGCCCAUGUUUUAAAUAAAGCAGUGCAAGAUAACAAUACUGAUGUAAUGGAACAGAUUUUCCUUCUCAAGGAGAAACUUUCCGAUUUUAUAUGCAGUAGUGAUUUAGAAGUACAGGAAAGGUCAAGUUCUGCAGUGGCUCUGCUGGAAUGUUUAAAAGAAAAUCCAGAAUUGGCCUUAGAAUUAACAAAUGCUUUUGUUGGAGAAUUAAAUCCUGUGGCUCCUAAAGCACAAAAGAAGGUCCAAAUACCAGCGAACUUAGAUUUGGACUCAUGGAUCAAUAAUCCACCUUCUGAUAAUUCUGACUCAGAAGGUCCAGAUAUGAACGAGAUUUUUGUAAAAGCCGAAAAAUCUGAUAGUUUUGCUAAACGAGAAUCAUAUGAAUUAACUAAUGAACAGCUUCAAAAACAGAGAGAGGCAAGAAUGUUGGAACAGGAAAAUAAUCCCCAUUAUCUUAAAGUUUCGAGUAACAAAAAUCCAUUGUCGUAUCAUAAUUCAAAUAAUGAUGGUGAAAACUUUGAUAAUAUUCCCGUUGCUGAACUUGAUAUUCCUGUUUCGUUGAAAAUUUCCGACUUUAGAUGUUCGACGAAAUAUUUCAACAUUGAUAAAGAAUCUAAUAAAAAGAAGCAUAAAAAGAUGGAUAAAAAGAAAAGAUCAAAAAGAAGUAAAGGUAGGAAAUCAGGUAGUUCAGAAGAUGAACAAAAUGAAAAUUAUCCGUCGCAACUGGUGAAUACUGGAAUAGGAGAAUUGCCACCUGGAGCAAAGUUAAGUGGCAGCGAUGACGAUGACGAUGUUGAUGCAAAUGAUCCACAUCGAGCUCUAAAUGUUGAUUUAGAUUUACCAUUAAGGGAGGAUGAAGGUUUACCAGUUUUGCAACAUCGAAGUGUCGAAGAUAAUGAAAUUGAAUCCAUAAAUAUUAAGAAAGAAAAGAAUCACAAAUCUAAGAAAAGACGUAGAAAUGCAAAAGAAAGUCAAUCAAAUGAGCAAUUAAAAGAAGAUGAAGGUGUUAAUCUCUGGCUAAUGAGUCAAACGGAAAAAUCGCAAGAAGCUGAAGAGAAUACCACUGGCAUUAGGAAACAUGAGAGUAAGAAAGGUAAAUACAAAAAGUCAAAAAAUGCCGAGAAACAUGCGGAGGAUGUUAAUGAGCAUUUUAAGCACAAGAGAAAAUCUAAACAAAAUAAAGAAAAAAAAGUGAAAAAAACAUCUGGUUAUGAGGAAACAGCUGGAAUUUCUACACCCUCUAAAGAGAUUGUAUCAAAUGAUAUUAAAUUGUCGGAAAUCAGUAUGAUUUCUCCUGGGAUGAAAAUUCCCAUGUAUCAAAAGUUAGCUAGUGACAAAACAAUAAGUAUGGUGUAUGAAUUAAAACAGCUACCUCUUGAAACGAAUAAAGUAAUAACGGCUAUUCUUUUAACUAAUGUUGGAGAAAAUCUUGUUAAAGAAUUGGUCUUUAAUGUAUCCGACUCAUCGACAUUGAAACUUGAGAGAUCUCCACAGGACGAAUUUGGAAUUAAAUUAAAUUUUCAAUUGCUGCCGAAAACAAAUACUGAAGCUGAACUUUCUAUUAUUGUAUCAGACGUUACUUUUCCUCAAAAAUUGCGUGGAAGUUUGACUUACAUGGUAGAAAGUUCAAUAGGAACGGUGCAAGAGAAACUUGAUUUUACAAUGCAAUUGUCGUGCAGUAAUUUUAUGAUUGGUCAUCUUUCACAUAGAGAUAUUCUCACGGAGUUAUUAAAAAGUGGCCAACUAACAGCUAAAAUAAAAAAAGAAGUAUCUCGAUGUGAAGAUUUUAGCGAUGCUUUAAAUAAAAUUUGUCAAAAAUGUCAUCUCACUCUUGUUGAGCAAAUUGACGAUACUGCUUCUCUCUACGGACAUUCCCUUCAAGGACAUCACGUAUGUCUUCUCUUAAAACAAAACAGUGCGGUGGGUAAUUUGAAGAUUGAUGGAAAAAGUGAUAAUAGCUCUCUUUUGACUGAAAUCGUACAGGAAAUUGUAAAAGUUUUAUCAUAAGAUGCUCAGGUAUAUAGUUAUCAGUUUUAUUGAAUAUAUGUUAGAUACUGUAAAAAAAUUAAAUUUUUAUAAAUAUUUAUGUGAAAAAUAAACCAAUAUUGAAGA